CUUCCUAAUGCACGGCGAUCUGAGAAUGGAAGUUCCAACCGCGUCUAGUCUUCUCCUCCCGACUUUUGGAAUCUGAAAGUCCAAAUUUAUCAACACUUAAUGAUUGGUUAGUAGGGCAGUCAAGUGAGGCAUCAAUGAGGCAGCCAUCACCAUGCACAACCGUAGAGCAUGGGGACAACGACGGACAAGCGCCUGAGCCGCCCAAUCGUGCACACACCGCGUUUUCAACAAGCCACACGCCCUCCCAUCGUUCUCUGGGUACAGCCGAUGAAGAUUACAAUGUUGGAAAGGGGCCCAGCUCGCCUCGGCCAUGGUCGGAAUUCGAUCGAAAGUACGGCAAGGCUGCUGGCAGUCACAAGGAGUGACCAUACACGACUUUUCAGUAUCGUAGACAUUGCGAGCAUCUCCGUGGCUCCGAUGUCGAUGAUGGUGGCCUCCGCCUCCGUUUAUUUUUUCGCUUGCAUGCAGGGCGCCAAGGGCGUCAACUCGUCCGUAUCGUUCGCUUACUCCUCCCUUCUAUUGUGUUUUGCUUACUCAUAUUGUCAGAAGGCCUCAGUUGGCCUUAUGCCUUCCUCUCCUACCUCUUUUUCGGAUUUAAGCUCAAGCGGCGAUGCCAUGCGUUGCUGGAACACUAAGUAUUUGUAUUACAGAUUGAUAUCUCUUUCUUUUUUCUCGUUUCAAAUAGUUUUACUUCAUGUAACAGCUAUUUUGAAUGAACACUCAAACUUGCACCCCGCUUACCAGGUUCUUAUCCACUUUCAUUGCCUCUCUUUCUCUCGAGCUUCAUGCAUGCCAGCCGCAGAGCGACAAGUGCUUCUGUUGUGAGAAUACUGCGGUGGAAGAUCAAAUCAGCUUUGCC